GGGUGCCGGCACGGGGGGUCUGGGGCUGGCGGUGGAGGGUCCCUCGGAGGCCAAGAUGUCCUGCACGGACAACAAGGACGGGAGCUGCUCCGUGGAGUACAUCCCGUAUGAGCCUGGAACCUACAGCCUCAACGUCACCUACGGCGGCCACCAGGUCCCAGGGAGCCCGUUCCAGGUGCCGGUGUCGUGCCCCGUGGACGCCUCCCGCGUGUCCUGCUCGGGGCCGGGUCUCACCCCGGGCUCCGUCCGUGCCAACGUCCCCCAGACCUUCACCGUGGACACCUCCAAGGCCGGGGUGGCCCCGCUGGACGUCAAGGUCCAGGGCCCCAAAG